AUCGAUUACAAGUCAGCUGUUUAGUUUGCCAAACUUUCAUCGCCAAGACACAAAUGUAAAUUUAUAGACAAAAAUUAAUAAAUACUCAACUAAAAGAGAUUAACCAAUGGCAGACGAUCCAAACAAACCCUCAACAUCGUCAAAAGCAGACGAAGCUCCUCUGUUUCCACCCGCCAAACCUGGAAAACGAGUGGAUUACGGUACAAACAACACAUUGGAGCUGCUGGAGAGGAUUCCCAGCCAGGUGGUGGAUCUCAAGCUGGACGAUGUGCUCACAGCUGUUAAAGAGGUGGAUAACCUAUGCGACUUUCCCCGCUGCAAGACCAAGACGAGUCUGAUGGGCCAGGAUUGUCAGCAAUGCAAAAAGAGAUUCUGCUUUAAGCACGGUCUGCCAGAGGUCCACGGUUGUGGUGAGCUAAUUAAGCGAGAUGAGCGCAAGAAGUUCCUGCAUCCCAAACCCUUAAAAACCGUGCGCCAGGAGGAGGAUGUCAAGAAUGCGAAAAAGAGAUUGGAUGCCAAGCUCAAGGACAUGCAAUUGGGACGCACACAAAAGGCCACCGGCGGAGGAUCCAAAAAAAGCAAAGGAAAAUAGUAAAAGUACUUGCUAGUUUUAGUUUAUUGAAACUUAUGGAGCCCAUGAAGGUAAUGAUAAAAACUUAGGCGGUAAACGCAACUUAGUUUGUUCGUCUUUGCAUAAAAAAAUAUACGUUUUAGAUGCAUACAUAAA